AUGUCGGACAAGGGUGAUUCCCCCACCCACCACCGCAAGCGCGAGAAGCGCACACCGGCGGUCGUGGAUCGACCGCUCGCCGCGCGAAAUUUAUUCACCGGCGAGCAACCGACUCCACUGCCGCCGAUAAGAUCCAAGGCGCCAUCACCACCACCGGCUGCCACCACCGAAGAACACCUCCCCAGCGCCCCGGACUACGAGCCCACGCCUGGGAAAGCGCCCACGGUGACCACGCGGAUAUUCGUCGGCCCGGCAUAUGAACAUGCUAGGGCCACGAAUCCACUCCCUCCGCGACCCGCAAAAGCGCCACACAGAAGCAUCACUCUACGAGAAACGCCAACGCGUAGGCGUAGAGGUAUCUACACC